AGUUCACUGGCUAUUUCGAAUCUCUCACCCCUUAUGUAAGAGUUCACCAGCAUCUUCAUUCUCUCAUUCCUGUGCUAUCCUGUUUCCCUAUGCAAGAGUUCACUGGCUAUAUCGAAUCUCUCACCCCUUAUGCAAGAGUUGGUCAGUAUCUUCACUCUUUCAUCCCUAAUGCAAGAGUUCACCAGCAUCUUCAUUCUUUCGUCUCUGUGGUCUGUCCCAUCUCCCUAUGCAAGAGUUCGCCGGCUAUACCGAAUCUUUCAUCCCUUAUGCAAGAAUUGGUCAGUAUCUUCACGCUUUAAUCCCUUAUGCAAGAGUUCACCAGCAUCUUCAUUCUCUCAUCUCUGUGUUGCCCUGUUUCCCUAUGCAACAGUUCACCGGCUAUAUCGAAUCUCUCAUCCCUUAUGCAAGAGUUAACCAGCAUCUUCACUCUUUCAUCCCUAUACUGUCCAAAUCCCUAAUGCAAGAGUUAACCAGCAUCUUCACUCUUUCAUCCCUAUACUGUCCAAAUCCCUUAUGCAAGAGUUAACCAGCAUCUUCACUCUUUCAUCCCUAUACUGUCCAAAUCCCUUAUGCAAGAGUUAACCAGCAUCUUCACUCUUUCAUCCCUAUACUGUCCAAAUCCCUAAUGCAAGAGUUAACCCGCAUCUUCACUCUUUCAUCCUUAUCUAACUUAUACGAGAAAUAACAAGCAAAUUCACUCACCUCAAUGCUGUCCCACUUCCUUAUGCAAGAGUUGACCAGCAUCUUCACUCUCUCAUCAUUGUCAUUGGGAAUUUCUGGGCCAAUAUUAUUCCUUCCUUCCUUCCUUUGUUUUUCCUUGAAUGUAAACAAACAAUAUAUUAGUUUUCAGACGGUGAAUUAAUAUUAUAUAUAAAAAAAUAUACCAAAUAAGAAAAGAAAACAUCGAAAAAAGUGUCAAUAAGCAAUUAGACAUUAUAAUAUACAUAAAAGACCUAAAAAUUACACCAAAAACACAAAUUAAACACGAAAAUAAUAAAGAAAUGUGAAAAAACUAUACAGUGGCCCGUCACAAAGACUUCGCCAUCGAGCUCAAGUUCAAGCUCAACACAUGUCUGCCCGCCGUUGUUUACAUCCUGUCUCCGCCUCGGCCGCCUCCACAUUUCCUGCCCUAUCUCCCUCCACACAGCACCCAGGGACACGCCGCCUUCAGGAAGUAUAGCCAAGGCCUUCCGCCAUGUCGUACUCGCAGCAGAAGGUGUGCGACAAGAUAUUACGGGAGUAUUUCGGCGACAUAGUGGCGAAGGUGGGCGCCGUGCUGUACCAGCGGGGCGCCAACCCCCUGAGGGUCAUCUGCCUGCACGCCCGCCUGGCCCAGGACAAGGUGUCCCAGGCCCUGGCGGUGCUGAUCCAGCACAACCUGGUCACCUGGGAGGAGUGGCGGCCCAGGGUGCCGGCCUACACCCUGCUGUAUGAGAGGGUGCUGCUCAUACUGCGCUUCCCAAGAUACGUGUACCUUGUCCGGGAGCAGUUUGGCGAGGAGGCGGAGAUGGCCUUGGACGUGGUGCUGAAGGAGGGCCAGGCCGCCGCCAGCCACAUCAUCGUGACCUCCGCCCUCAAGCUGAUGGAGGCCGCGGAGAACGCGCCCAGCAGCACCGCCAGCAGCACCUCCGAGCCCCGCCACAUUAGUCAGCGUAACCAGCUCCAGCGUCUUAUCGAGGGACAGUUUCUCCAGCGAUGUCCAGCCCCUCAGAACACCGGCCAGCCCAUCCCUGUUAUGUCCAUCACGGGAGACCUGCUCUAUAGCUUCCCACCUGACCUUCUCGAUCUCAAGUUACUGCAGCAGGAGAUUCAGGUCCGGGCCGCCGCAGCCGCCGCCGGAGCCGCCACUUCAUCCGCCGCGGCCCCCUCAUCCGCCAAGGUCGCCCACCCCGACGCCGAUGUCUUCUGGCGGAUCAACUAUGACAGAUUCCACCUUGAGUUCAGGGACGCAGAGAUUAAGAACAGCAUCGUAAGGCGUGUUGACCCUCUCGCCGGCGAAUGUCUGAACGCACUCCUGAAACUCUCCUACCUCAAGAGCGAUCCCUGGGCCGUCACGCUCAACCCGGUCACCCUAGCCGAGCUCCGCGACACCCUAAAGGACCUGAAGUACCUGGAGCAGUACCUCAGGGUCCUAGAGGAGGAGAGCGGGGGCUGUAUUCGAAGGUACGGAGAUGUUGGUGGCGGGCAGUACCAGGUUCAGAUCGGCGCUGCGUUCAACACCCUCACGCAUACCCUAGUCCACCAGAUCGUACAGGAGCGCCUCGGGGGGAAGGCCGCACGAGUCUUCCGCCUGAUCCACACCCACGGAAUGAUGGAACAGGACCAGGUGGCGGAUGUGGCAAUGAUUAGCAAAAAGGACGCCAACUUGCUAACCUUCCGCUUGGCUCAACACCGCCUCCUGCUCAUCCACGAGGUACGGAAGUCGCUCACUCCGUCACCCGCUAACAAAAUAACCUAUCUCUUCCACGUGGAUACGGAGGGGGUGGUGCGGAUGUGCGUGGAGUGGAUAUACAAGACCCUAUACAAUCUCAUGGUGGAGCGCGAGGCAACUCAGGUGGACAACGCAAGGCUUCUCGACAAGCGUACGAGAGUGGAGUCGAUUGUGGAGAACCUGCGGCAGAGUGGAGGGACGGAGGAGCAGGUGCGGGAGGUGGAGGAGAUGCUGACGGAAGGGGAGGUCCAGCAGGUGGAGAAGGUCACAGCAACACAAGACCGGCUCUUUGACGCGGAGAUCGGGUUAGACGAGACUCUCUUUGUGUUCCAGAUGUUCAUGUACUACCAGAGACAGACGGCUUGACCUGUGACCUGACCUGACCUGACCUCUCCUCCCCCUCCUCCUUUGUCAUUAAGAGUUAUGUACUACCAGAGACAGACUGCUUGACCUGUGACCUGACCUGACCU